AUGGCAGGACAAGACAAGAAAAAGGCGAAGAAGGGUGGCAAAGCCAAAGGCGAAGCCGGUCCGGUGAUUACCGACCCUCGAUUUGCCAAUAUCCAGACCGAUCCCCGCUACCGUCUUCCCAGCAAGCGUCAAACCCAUGUCAAACUCGACAAGCGCUUUCAGCACAUGCUUGAGGAUAAAGAUUUCUCUCGCAAUGCUGCUGUUGACCGAUAUGGACGCAAAUUGGCCCGUGACGAUACAAAGAAACAACUGAAGAAGCUGUACCGUUUGGACGAGGAUGAGGAUAACGAGGAGGAGCAGGAGGAAGAGGAGGAUGUCGCAGACAAUGUCAGCAUUGACGAUGACAAGGAAGUGCGGAAAGAGCUGAAGCGGAUUAAUGAAGGACGCUCGUACGAUCCUGCUCGCGAUGGCGGAUUUUCUGACUCUUCAUCCGAAGAGGAAAGCUCAAGUGAAGAGGAGGAGGAUGAAGAGGCAGAAUUCGAUGAAGACGAAAUUGAAUUCCCCGACCAGCAGCAAGCCAAUGUGCCUCUUGGAGAUGUAACGACUCGGAUAGCGGUCGUCAAUCUGGACUGGGACAAUAUUCGUGCCGAAGAUCUUAUGGCCGUUUUCUCAAGCUUUGCCCCGACUGGAGGCCGUGUGCUGAAGGUGUCUGUCUACCCAAGUGAAUUCGGAAAAGAGCGCAUGGAGAAGGAAGAGAUUGAAGGACCUCCUCGAGAGAUCUUCGCUACGAAAAAGGAGGAAGAGGAGGAAGAGGAGCUUGACUCGGACGAGGAAAAGGAAGAAAUCAAAAAGUCCAUGCUGAAGGGUGACGAUGGUCAAGAGUUCAACUCUACAGAAUUGCGCCGCUACCAGCUUGAGAGACUCCGCUACUACUACGCAAUUCUUACAUUCUCCACCAAGGAGGUGGCCAAGCAUGUCUACGACCUCGUUGACGGCGCGGAGUAUCUCUCUAGUGCCAACUUCUUUGAUCUCCGCUUCGUUCCCGAUGAGACCGAUUUCGACGAUGACAAGCCCCGAGACCAAUGCUCUCGAAUUCCCGACGACUACAGACCCAGCGAUUUCGUCACCGAUGCUCUUCAACACAGCAAAGUCAAGUUGACCUGGGACGCGGAUGAUAAGGCUCGCAAGGAGGCCCAGGGACGUGCGUUCCGUGGCUCGCGAAAGGACAUUGAUGAAAACGACCUGAAGGCAUACCUUGGCAGCGACAGCUCUGACAGCGAGGACGAGGAAGAUGGCGGAGUGGAAGUUGUUGAUAAUACUACAAACGAAGGCACAUCAAGCAAGCUUUCCAAGCGGGACGCCGAGAGACAGCGCAUGCGGGCAUUGCUGGGUCUCAGCGCGGAACCCACGCGCUCCAAGUCCGAUGGCCCCGUUGGCGAGAUGGAAGUGACCUUCACGUCUGGUCUGGCUGGCGGUCACGGCAAGGAUACCAUCUUCGAGAACGAGCCAGAGAUCGAGGAGAGCACUGUCGACAAAUACGUGCGCAAGGAACGCGAGCGCAAGAAGCGACGAAAGGAGAAGCAAAAAGCCAAGCGUGGCGACGAAGAUGGAGAGGACUCGGAUAAUGGCGCAAAGGAGGAGGAGGAGGUUGCCCCGGCCGAGGUAGCCCAAACGGAGGAAGACUUGGGCUUCAACGAUCCCUUCUUCGAUGAUCCAUCCGGCAAGGCUGAGGCAACAUCCCGCCGCAAGGAGGAGAAGCGUAAGAAGCGGGAGGAACGUGCUGCUGAAGAAGCUGCCUCGGCUCGCCAACGGGCUGAGCUGGAGCUUCUCAUGGUGGACGACAAGCAGGCAGACAUCAAGCACUUCGACAUGACUGAGAUUGAAAAGGCCGAGAAACAGGCCAAGCGGAAGAAGGGCAAGGGCAAGGGCAAGAACAAGGAGGCUGUUGCAGUCCCGGAUGAUUUUAAUGUCGACGUCAGCGAUCCCCGAUUCGCCCGUCUGUAUGAGAGUCAUGAGUUCGCGAUUGAUCCUACCAAUCCCCGAUUCAAGGCGACCUCCGGCAUGAAGGCCCUGUUGGACGAAGGCCGUAAGCGCCGGCGUAACGGAGAUGACGUUGAGACCGAUGUGGCAGGGGAGCACCGGGACAGCUCGAAGAAGCAGAAGAAGGCAUCAAAGGAGGCUGGGUCCGAGGAUCUCAAGCGGUUGGUGGACAAGGUCAAGCGGCAGUCGAAGAAGGCAUGA